CUGGUAUACUCACGCUGUUGCCCAGGUGAACCAGGACCGCAUCCCCGGGCUCGACAUGGCGUUUCAAUCCGGCCACCAGGGUCUGCACGAGAUGCUUGAGUUGAUAAGCAUUCAAACUGCGCGAGGGAUCGCGAGCGUCGAUGUAUAGAGGUCGGGUCUGGUCGUACUCGACCGGACCGUUGAAAGCGAAAGACACUACAUCCAUGUUUGCCUUGACACUGAUUGAAUCUGCCGUGAAAGGAAUGCAUGUGCAAUGGCUGCUUUAAAGCCCUCGAUAUCUACUGUCGCUUGCAUUCUGAAGGCUCGGCUAUUCAGCCUUGGGCUUACUCGAGACCAAUUGGGGGAUUCGCCCCCGAAGCGAAGAAUGGGCUGCAGAAGUCAGAUGCAUUGUCUAUGAGAUCGAGGAGAAAAAUCAAAAUCGAAAAAGAAUGGUGUCCUCACACCAACCGUUAUCUGUCACACCAAUCGAGGCCGACUCGUGCUGCUUGGUGGCUGAAGUUAUUUGGAAGGAUGAGAAUGGAAGCAAGUAAACUAGGGCUGUACGCAGCCAGCCACUGUCACUUGCCCCCCUCUUUCUCCCACUACUUAGUCUGGCGAUUGUUUGCUACUAGGCCUAACAAGUCUACCAAGCAGGUAGGUCGCAAAUUGUUACCUGAAUCAUCAUUAGCGAACGCCUCCGACCAAGAAGCAUCUGGACAAACCCCGCCGGACAAUAGGCAAUGAACAAUGCGAUCCAGCUUAUUCCGAGAAGAACUCGAUCCUGAGCUGACGCUACGUCAGUCGUCAGUAACCGCAAGGAUUGCGUUCCUUUUGCAAGAUCUCGUGUUAUCAGCUUGGCUUAUAGU